UACAUUUCACAUGAUUGAAUACACAAUGCAAAUUAGUUUCAUAGUGCUACUUGUGAAUUUCUGGUGUUUUGCCUCAAUCUUUACCCAAGUUUAAAAUGAAAAAAAUGAAGAUAUUAAAAUUAUUCAAAGAGUUUAUAUGGUGAAUUCAGAUUAUGCGAUUUUCUAAGGAGUAACUAAUCGAGCCAUCAUUGAGCAAUGAGCAGCUGUGGCUGGCUGUUCCAUAUUUUCUGCACAGUCAUCAUGACUAUGCAAAAGGAAAAUCCAUCCAACCCUUUUUUCAUUUUUUAAAUCUUUCACAUUAAACCAUCCGUGUAAAUAGUUCAACAUGUGUGUCAAGCCCCAUUUACACGAUGAAGAUCAAGAAGGUUGAACGGACGGUUCUGAGCGUGGAGCAGGCGGAGGGAGUUGGUGCCCGAGUUCGGAGGAGCAUUGGCAGGAAGGAGCUCAGGAACUUGGAUCCUUUCCUGAUGUUGGACGAAUUUCGUCUGAGCAAGCCAGCAGGCUUCCCCGAUCACCCUCAUAGAGGGUUUGAGACGGUGACCUACGUCUUGGAGGGAAGCUCCGCCCACGAGGACUUCUGCGGCCACUCAGGCAAGCUGUCUGCGGGCGACUUACAGUGGAUGACCGCGGGGCGGGGGGUGGUCCACGCGGAGAUGCCCGUGUCAGAGGAGCCGGUGGUGGGCCUGCAGCUCUGGGUGAACCUGCCGCGCGUCCAGAAGAUGGUGGAGCCGUGCUACCAGGAGCUCAGGAGCAGAGACAUCCCCAAACCCAGCCAGGGGGGGGUCUGCGCCGCGGUCAUAUCAGGGGAGGCCCUGGGGGCUAAGUCUAAGGUGUACACAAGGACACCUACUCUGUACUUGGACUUCACACUGCAGCCAGGGGCAGCACACGUCCAGCCUGUACCAGCAGGGUGGACAACGUUCAUCUACACACUGUCAGGUUCCCUUCAUGUUGGUCCAGAAGAGCUCCAGCAGCUGGUGGAGCCACAUCACACCGUGCUCUUUGCUGAGGGAGACGGCGUCAAAGCAGAAAACAAGGGUCCGGCAGCUGCUCGGUUCGUGCUUAUCGCCGGGGAGCCGAUAGGAGAGCCUGUGGUUCAACACGGUCCGUUCGUCAUGACCACAGAAGAAGAGAUCUCUCAGGCCAUCAGGGAUUACCAGAGCGGAACCAACGGCUUCGAGAGGGCCGUUACCUGGAGGUCCAAGAUCAGAGAUCGACUGUAGUGACGUGCCUGGGAUGUACCACGAUAACGUGGCUGAUGCUUCUUACGUUUACAUUUAUUUGCAGUGGGCAUUUGCAAUGUGUGUUCAACACAAUGGAUUGGCUUUUUUUUUAAGUUGGGGUUUCAGUUGAUCUUGUUUUCAAUGUCAUGUUGAACUUUAUUUUAAUCACUGUUUGUGCAAUUUUUCCCACUUACUUUUUACCUGCAUUGUUAUUCAGUCGUUGUGUAAGGUCUGAGGUCCGUGAAGGAGCAGGGUUUGGCGCUGGCUCCACUGAAAUCUUUCUCAGCCCAAGUGCUCAUGCUCAUGAUAGUGGACAUUGAAGUGGUGUAAUUCAGAAAGCACUUUGAUAUAUAAUGUGAUAAAUGGAGCUACUGCAACUGUUUGCACAACCGCUAAUAGAAAGCAGACAAUACUGACCUUGUUGUUGCGAUUCCUAUGGUUACUCUGCUCUCUGUCAUUUGUGAACAAGGGCAGGCAGCACUCAGCUACCCAGGUUUGAUUAUAGCUUUAGAAUUGUAAAGGAUUUUUGGAUGGAUUAAAUAAUCCCAGGGAGGAAAUGUUUUGUCAAAUACUUCACAAUGUCAUUAAAGGGAUCAUUUUUCCCAUACUGGAUGAAUCGUUUUUUUAGCCAUCACGAUCCUGUUUCUCUGUGUCCCUCAAAAAGGGACACAAUUACUGAACUGUAAUUUUCCAACUCAGUCUCGUCACUUUGUCGUGACUUAGCGGUCUCUCCAGGAACAAGCCGUUAGCAUUGCUAUCCCAUGUCCGCAGGGCAAGGUCGUGGAUGUUUCCCCCGCACCUCACCCC